UGUGUGCAACACCCUUGAUAUUUUCCUUUUUAUUUGAGAUCCAAAGGGCUAAAAAAAUGCCCUCUCUCAUCAGUUAUGAAUUAAGGAUAUUUUCUUAAAUAGAAAAGGAAAUCAGAGUUUUGAAACUAUUAUAAAUAUGGGUGCAAUGGAUUGUAAAUUAUUCAUUCACAUUAUCCAUAUACAAAUUCUAAACAGAUAUUUGUUUAUUUUAUUCAGAGUUUUGAAACAGCGUUUUGCAUUCUUAGGUUUUUUUUUCUAACUUUUUUUAAAAUUUAAUUCGACUUUGUUGUUCCUUCACAACAAACCCUAACUUAGCAAGAAAAAGUCUUCAAUUCUCAUACCCAUCUCUCCGUAGAACCGAACCAUGGGCGAAGACGAGACCAUCGAUUUUGAGUCGUUGAAGCAGACACUGGUGUUCUGGAACAUGGAUGAUUACCCAAUCCCUGUUGAUACUACAGAUGAUCUUGGUCCUGUUUUUGGUGAUAUCUCAAAAGCUCUUGAUCUAAUGGGUUUUCGUCUCGGUUUUAUGGACGUGAGAUUGUACUCUGAGCAACACAACUACGACAAAAAAUCGGCCGAUAUAAUCCGCCCAUCCUUACCCACAUGUCGGUCUUAUUCGGGUUGUGUUUACAAAGUGCCGGAUAUCACUUUGCAUAUGAUUCGUCACGCAUUAUACCUUGGACCAGGACCAGUGAAUUUUUUUGUAAUCGCAAAACCACAAAGGGAGUUACUCAGGGUUCUGCAGUGUUUGAAAUUGAGGCGUCACAAUGUUCUUCUAGUAAAGCCACCGCCGCCUGAUGAAGAAUGUCUCUUUAGUGUUGACUCUCUGCUUAAAUAUGCACGACUUUUAGGUGGAGGAAAGCCUAGAUACAACCCUUUACAAGGUUAUAUGGAUGAGUUUGAUAGCUCUCUAGAAAAGUAUAUAGAGAUCAAAGAAGAUGUCUCCAAGACGGUAGAUUUCUCCGAGCGUAUCCCAACCGUGAAAGGGCCUAGGACAGCCGUCUUCUGGGACGCCGUGGAUUGCCCUUUCCCUCCUUCUUCCACCCCUGAUGAGAUCUACCACUCUAUCUCAUCAGCUCUUGUUGAAAGGGAGUUUAGUGAUAACAUUACAAUCUGGGCCUAUCUUGAUGAUGAUGCCGACAAGAAAGGGUCUUGGCUGGGUGGUGACAAGACGUGGGCUUCCAGAAUCUACUUUCUUCCUGGAGGGGAUAACGCCUCUAGACGUAUCAGAAUGAUAAAUGACAUUAAUUUAUGGAUGAGGGACUCUCCCAAGAUGACCACGAGUUAUGAAGCUAGUUUGGUCCUAUUCUCAGACCAGUUCAAAGAUGACGACGUCUACUACAGAGAUAUGCUUCAACGAUUGGGUAACAUGCGUUACUAUGUUCUCUUAGUCACUCCCGCUCUGGACAUCAACAAACCAGAAACCCCUGAAUGGCCUGGAUUGCUUAUAGAUAGAGGCGCAUACUUUUUUGAUGAAGUAAAAAUCCAAAUCUAUCAAGGACCCGAUGCUGCGGCGGCCGAAGAAGAAACACCUCCGAUUGUGAGUGAGAUGGAUUACAGUCUUCUCUGCCCUUUUGGUGAUCAAACAAGCGACAGCUCUGAAGAUGAAGACAGUCCAUUCUGGCCACCUCGGACUGAUGACAUGCUAAUAGAUGCAGGACAAAGCUCUGCCGAACAAGAAUCACCCGUCUAUCGCUGGGAUCCUUUUACACUCAUGUACAAACUUGAAAGCCUAUUUCCCAAAGAAAAUGAAGCCGAUACCGAAGAAGAAGAGACACCUGACAAGCUUGCCACGCAUGGCACUUGUCGCAUGGAUCCUACAAGCUUUGAAUGGCCAGGAGGGCAAAUAGAUGGAGGAUCAGGCUGGGGAAGCUCUGAAGAACCGUGUCCCAAAAAGGAUAAGACUGAAGAAAACACCUGAGAAGCUUGCCAUGUAUCGCAAUUUUCUCUUGGAACCUAUGACUCUGGACAUGAGCAAACUAAAAACCCCUGAAUGGCAGGAUGGUGGCAAAUAGAUGGAGGAGUAUGUUCUGCGCUUUUGAUGAUAAAAACAUGUCAUGCUCUUGCUUAGAGCAGAAGAGAAACAAAAGAAGUUAGCAUGUCCUUGCUUAGGUCUUAGUCUCCUGGUUAUAUGUCAUGUCCCUGUAAUAAUGUGGUUUUAAGAGACAAUUCAUUUUCACCCUUAUGGUAAGAUGAAUUUUUUUUUUCAUUGUGGUUAAAGUGAUCGGAUGAUUGUUAUGGUAAUGUAGGAACCAAAUGAGUGUUCUUAGGUGAUACUAUACUUUAUCCUUGGGUCA